GGUUCAUCAAUCUUUCUAAUGAGGGGAAGGAGCUACACCCCAUCUCCCCCGAGGGGGUAUGGCAGGAGAGGACGGAGCCCUAGUCCAAGGGGUCGUUAUGUUGGUCGCAGCAGAGAUGUGCCUGCUAGCCUCCUUGUUCGCAAUCUUCGUCAUGACUGCAGGCCAGAAGAUCUUCGAAGGCCAAUUGGGCAAUUUGGUGCUCUUAAGGACAUUUAUUUGCCCAGGGACUACUACACUGGAGAGCCACGUGGUUUUGGUUUCGUCCAAUAUGUAGAUCCUACUGAUGCUAUGGAGGCUAAGUACCAUAUGGAUGGAUAUGUGCUUCUUGGUUGGUAGUUGAUUGUUGUAUUUGCAGAGGAGAAUAGAAAGAAACCUACUGAAAGGAGGGUGAGGGAGCGCGUAAGCAGAGGCAGAAGUGAUCGAAGACGGUCUCCGGUGGGAUAUUCCUAGUCUCCACCUCCUAGCCAUGCAAGAUCUUGGUCCCGUAGUCGUGAUUAUUACUCCCCUGCGAAAUGAAGGUACUCAAGAUCUGCUUCGCCUCAAGAGAAAAGGCACGGCCGAGAGAAGUCAUACUCCCCACGUCCCAGUCGGGAGAGGUCAUACUUACGAUCCCCGCCUAUCAAUGGUUCCCGAAGCCACAGUGAAAGUCCGGCCCAAGGCAAAAGCAGGAGCCGAAGCCGAAGCCCUCCUCUUGAAGACUAUGCCAGGGAGCCAAAUGGAGAUGGGACUCCUAGUCAGUAACCAGCCGAUAGGAUUCCAGACUUUCUUUCAUAUUUUGUCCCUGAGUUUGAUAAUCUCUCUGUUGCACCUUUGUGGUUUGUUGUCAUUAUGUAUGUAGACUCCUCUGCUGUUGGUGUUAAAUAUUGUAAGACGUCUUUUU